GUUUCCGUCUUUUGACUAACUCGCCUACAAAAAUUCCCUUGUGUCGAUUCAGAAGAUUCCAUGGUUUUGGCCUUCCUCAAUCCUCCGAUUUUCAUUAGGGUUUUCGUUUCUCCUUGGCGGCUAGGGGAGGAUGAUCACGUCGAUUGAUUGAAAUUUCUAUUGGGUGGAUUCGUUGUUCGUUGUUGAUUCAUUGUUUUGAUUGAUUAAAGAGAACUGGGUUUUGUUUUAGAAGAUGAGUUUCAAUGAUAUGAGAGGCUCUGUUAUACCGCCGCCUCUGCAUUCUUAUGGUUCUAAUGGCGAUGCGUCUGGUUGCUGGUCUCAGUUUCCCAGGAAUGAUCCAUUUGAUCCACAAUCACAAUUUGAAGUACAACAGCCUCCGUAUAAAAGAGCUAGAAAUUCUGAAGAAAACCCAUCUAGUCCUAUCUCUUAUUCAAAUCCCUCCUUGAAUUCUAGGGGGCACCCACCAAAUGCUCCAGUGAAUAAAGGAAUAAGUAAUAUAUUUUUCAAGACGAGGAUGUGUGCGAAAUUUAAGCUUGGUUUGUGUAGAAAUGGUGCUAGUUGUAACUUUGCUCAUGGUGUUGAAGAUAUGAGACAACCUCCACCAAAUUGGCAAGAAAUUGUUGGUAUAAAGGAGGAUGAUCAAUCAGUAAAUAAUUGGAAUGAUGAUCAGAAGAUAAUUCAGAAAAUGAAGCUGUGUAGGAAGUUUUAUAAUGGAGAGGAAUGCCCUUAUGGAGAUAGGUGUAAUUUUCUUCAUGAAGAUCCUGCAAAGUUUAGAGAUGAUUCUGGUAGGUUUAGGGAGAGUUCAGCUAUAAGUAUUGGUACUACAGGAACUCCAUUGAUGAAUGGAAGUGAUUCUUCUAGUUAUAUUGAACCUAGCAGGGCAACUUCUUGUUCUGUUUCUGAUGCUCUUCGAGCUAAUGGAAAUGUUAGGCCUUCAUUCUGGAAGACAAAGUUAUGCACCAAGUGGGAGAUUACAGGCCAUUGCCCCUUUGGUGAUAAGUGCCAUUUUGCUCAUGGCCAAUCUGAGUUACAACUAUAUAUUGGACGUGAGGGGGAAGUAUCUACUGCUGCCCUAAAUGUAAAGCCUCUAAUUGUAGCCAUGGAAGCAUCUUCGAGUUUGACAACCAGUGUACUUCCAUCCUCUGCCUUACCGGAGGGCCAGGCAAAGCCAAGUUUGCUGAAAUGGAAAGGACCCAAGAAGAUAAAUCGGAUCUAUGCCGAUUGGCUCGAUGAUUUGCCUCUAUCUCCAAGCUCAACAAGCAAAAUGGAGGGUUGAGCUUUUUUUUUUUCAGUUGAAGUUAAAGUUUUUGAAGUUGGUUUGCUGAGGAUUCAAUUGAUUAGUUACAAUAUGGGAGUUGGGUUGGUGGUGGUUUUUCUGAAUUAGAUGAAAGGAGUGUAAAAAUGUUUUGGUGAGAAUUGAUUGGGAAUAUGGAUAGAAGAAGAGAGAGUGAGAUAUACCCUUAUUGUUCAUUUAUUUUGUUACUUCAUAUUUGUUCAUAUCCCAUAGAAAAACUAGUUUGGAUUUUUAAUGUAAUUCAAUAUAUUUGAGCAUUUCUUUCUUACAAA